CAUGGUUUGACUAGAUUUUGUGUCAGUGAACACCCUUCCAUAAUUUCUUAAAAUUUUCAAUUUCAAUUUUUCAUUAAUUGUGACUAAGUGGAGAAAUGAAAGUAUAAAUACAAUGAUUUAGACUACAUAAAUAAUAAUUUUUGGUCUCCGCUGGACCAUUCAGCGGUCUGGAAAAACAAAAAAUAUAAGAAAAAAAUAAUAUAGAAUUUUCGUAUCAACAAAAAGUAAAAAAAAAGAAAAACGCGAUGUCGACAAAACUUUCCUUUAGGGCUAGGGCCCUCGAUCCUUCAAAGGCAAUGCCAAUAUACUUUGCAGAAGAACUACCUGACCUCCAGGAGUAUUCUGCAAUCAAUCGAGCCGUUCCACAAAUGCCUAGUGGCAUGGAAAAAGAGGAAGAAUCUGAACAUCACUUGCAAAGAGCAAUAAUAGCUGGUCUCAUUAUUCCAACGCCCGAAGUGUCCGAUGUAAAGGACGAUGGAUUUUAUGAUAAAAAUUAUCCUGCUGAUUAUAAAAUGCCGAGACAACUUAUUCAUGUGCAACCGCUUUCAUUAGAACAAGAUAUUCCUGACUAUGACAUGGAUAGUGCUGAUGAAAUGUGGUUUGAUUCCCAAACAAAAUCAGAAUUGACACCUUUCAAAUUUGAACAAAUGAUGGACAGAUUAGAAAAGAUUACAGUUUGUUCUCUUGAUGAUGCAAAGGCUUUGGUCAGACGGAAUGAAGUUAAUCAAGAUGUUUUUGAUUAUUGGGUGAAUAAAAGGCUUAAAACUAAACAUCCUCUGAUAUUGUCAGUGAAAACAGAAAACCGUGGAAACACCACUUCAAACAAUCCUUACAUUGCAUUUAGACGACGAACAGAGAAAAUGCAAACCAGAAAGAAUCGAAAGAACGAUGAGACAUCCUACGAAAAGAUGCUUAAGCUAAGACGAGAUUUGAGUCGCGCAGUAAAGCUUCUUGAGAUGGUGAAGCGUCGUGAGAAGACAAAACGUGAAGAGCUUCAAUUGAGUAUUGAAAUUUAUGAAAAACGUUAUCAAGCGAAGGAUUUUUCAGGUCAACUUUUGGCCGAAUAUACUUCAGCUGCCACCAAACUAAGACCUGCAUUUGCACCGAUAUACUCAAAUCAAUAUCACCAUCAGCACUCUUCAAAUAAUUCUCAUCAUAAUCAAUGGAAUUCAACAUCCCAGGGUUAUUCAAAUCUUCAUCUUAAUCACCACCUGCAGAACAAUAAGCGUGAUUUCGAUGGGCUAAGCACAAGUAGUAGUCGAAAAGAAAAGAGGCAAUACAAGAAGCGAAAGCACAAAACACCACGUGAAGUUAAGCCCAUUGAAACUUAUGACGGCAUGUUUUCAUCGGACGAAGAGGACAUUCAUAAUAAUCAAAUUAUUGCAUCCGAAAGUGAAGAAGAAGGAAUUUAUCCAUUUCGGAGGAAUAAGAAUUGUGAUUAUUAUAAACCGCAUGUUGAUGGCUUUGGUAAUUGGCCAUGGGAAUCUCCUGAAGAGAAUGAAAAUGGAAUUGCUGAUCCAAAGUAUCGUUUCAAUUUAACAUCCCUACGUUAUCCAAGACCACGUUGCAUCGGAUUUGCUCGUAGAAGAAUGGGAAGAGGUGGAAGAAUUCUUUUAGAUCGUGCAUCGUCAAAUUAUGAUGAUGUGUGGUCAAGAUUAGACUACACAAUCUUCGAUACCAAUAACGUAGACAACAACAACACAACUGUUGACAGUCGACUUCCAACAAGCAGCACCAACAACGAAAAUAAAAUUAAUGAUAGCACUGUCGUUGAGAAAGUUUCAGAUGAAAUCUCAGCUUCACAGACUUCCUCAUCGAAUCAAUACAAUCACCAUAGAAAUAACAUUGUGAUAAAGAGUGAAAAUUCCAAAAAUCAUGAAUUAAGUGACGAUCAAAUGGAGAAACUUUCACAUGGUGAGAAGUGGAGUUCGAUAAGUAAUCAAAAGCUUGAUGAUUUUGAACAAUUACUGGACAGUGCUAGUGCAAGUUCUAACAUAAUAAAUAAGAAAUUAGUGUGUAGAAACAAUUCUGAUAUUAGUGACGACAGUUUCAUUUUAAGAACGACAACAAGAAGUGAAAAUAGUAAUUUGAAUAAUCAAAAUGAAAUUUCAACUAAAUCUAUGAGUGUUGGUUUGCUUGAUUCAUUAAAUUUAAAUAGUGAGGCUUCCAACAGUGGUGUGACGAGUACAAAUGGAUCAUCAACAGUCUGUCCAACGAUUGGUGAUGUUGUUCCUGUUGAUAAUAACAACAAACAAGACGAAGAUAAUUAUGACAAUUACGAUAUCAUUGAUUCUGAAUCAAUAACAACAAAAGAGAAAGAAUUAAAUCAGUCUGAUGAUUUCUACUCGAACUUUAUUGAUGAGAUAAGAAAAGAAUGGCUUCACUUUCGUCCAAAAACUCCACCAUUAUCGCCAUCGUCUGAUAUCAUGUUCGAUAGUGAUCUAAUUAAUGACACAAAGAAGUUUGCUGUUGAUCUUCAAUUGUUGGAUGAAAAUAUUGACAAUUUGUAUGCUGACAAUGUUUAUUCAUCACAUUCGAUGUCGUAUAACUUCGAUAACAAAUAUCUAAUGUGUAAUGAUAACAACAUAACGACAACAGCAACACAAGAUACCACCGCGAUAAAUGUAAAAACGGAACCAAUUGAUGGUGAUUACGAGUUUAUUGAUAAUUCUAUUAUCGAAGAUCCAAAAGCAAUUCACAAUGAAGCUGUUAAGAAGUUACUUGAAAAGUAUCAAAAUGAUGUUGACAAAGAACUUUCACCUGUCAUAGAUCUUGAUGACGUCGAUUUUGACGAUAUUACGAUGAAUGAUGAGACGAAAGUUGGUUGUAGUAGUUUUCAACUUCGUGACGAUGAACAUGAGAAUAUCUCAAAGGCAAUGUCGAGUUUCAAUGCUGCAAGUGGUUGUGGAUCUGCUUCUAAUGCUGAUGGUGUCGAAGAAAAUCCUAUAAAGAAGGAAACUUCUGAUUAUUCAUCAUUUACAACAAUAAGUUCAGUUGUAAAUGUUCCAACAACAACAACAAUCACAUCAACAUCGUCGUCAUCAGUGAAAACAACAACAGUUAAGGAAGCACCAAUUGCAGAACUUCAAUCACAUAAUUAUGUGCUUCAAUAUGGUUCACCAGUUCCGCAAAAUACUGUUUCAAAUAAUUCAAUGACAAACAACACUUUAUCGAGUAGUUCAAGCAUGAAUACUGCAGUAGAAUCGUUGACUCCAGUUACAACAAUGUUCCAACAACAAUUCAUUAACAGCGGAAACAACAUCAUUUCAACAUCACAACCGAACCAGCAAAGCAGACUUCAACCGAUUGUUUAUGACAGUAAUACGAUCGUUUUAGCAGCUGCUCCAUCAAGAAAGCAAAUGAAUGGCCCAUCAGAUCGAAACUUGAAUCAAAAUAAGUACAAGCAUGUCUUUAUGUUGGAUUUAACACAAGGACAAGACAAAAGAAAAGCUAUUGGAACGAUAGCUGAUAACAAUACAAUCAAGAAGACAUAUGCGGAUCUUGGACUUGGUUCUCAGAAUAUUCUUGUAUCGUCGGUCAAUUCAAAUCUCAUAACUUCAACUUCUAAUCUGCAACAAUCUUCACAAACACAACAGUACAGUUUAGUUCAUCAGAAUGCAUUACAAAAGCCAAUAAUUCUGAGUACAUCAACAGCCAGCUCCCUAAUGCAACCUUCGCAAGCUAGCAACACUGGGAAUAAGAUCAUUGUCACACCAGCUCCACAAAUUGCUGGCAAUGUUUACGUCAGUACACAUGGAAAGUUAGUCAUACCGUCCUCAAAUAAUUCUCAAAGUAUUAUACUGGAUAGUAGUAAAAUGAUUUCGGCAAAUAAUCAACUUCAUGCUCAACAAAAAUUACAAUCGUCACAUCAACAGAGAGUGAAAAUGGAAAAUAAGAUGAAUAUGCUGUUGGAAAAUUCAGGGGAAAAAAAUAUAAUCUAUGCGAAAUAUAAUAAGAAUAAACUUCUUCAAACUGUGGCAAAUAUUAUACCAAUGCAAGCGUCAACAGCAAACAAAAGCAGUCUUCAGACACAAGGACAAGUCGUGAAACAAUUAACAACAAUUAAUUCAUCACCGCAACAACAAUCCGUAAGCGUCUUGUCGAAUAAUAAAAACAUUCAACGUAUUCAACAACAGCAACAACAAAUGCUUCGACCACAAUAUGCAACGUCAUCGAUUAACUUUCAAAAUUCACCAACAACAUCAAAAAUUAUUCAGCAACCAAACAAUGGUAAUAAUAUUUUGGGAUCUGUCAAUACGAACGAUAACAGCAAUCAAGUAAAUAAUUCAAAUCCACGAUAAAUUUGUUUCAAAUGUUGCAAAUCGGUUCAUGGUUCUUCUAACUCUUUUCUUUACAUCUCAAUCAAAGAUUCCUAAACCGCUUUAGCUUUAUUCUUCAAUAUCUUGAAGUUAUCAGCUCUAUGCAAGAGAAAUUUCUGUAAUAGAUUUCGACUAAAAUCCAUUAGACAAUUUUCCACCAAAACACGAUCAUCAUUAAAAUAUCUUCAAAUCAGGGAAUGGAACUGAUUAAAUUUUCUUUCUUAUUUCAACAAAAUAAUCUUGUUGGGACCUGAAACUUUUCAUUCUAUGAAUAUUACAUAAAACUUUUCUUAUAUUUUAUUCGUAAGUGAAGGGUGGGUGUUCCUUUCAUUAGCAUGCAAUUUUUCUUUCUUUUCGCAUGAUGCGACCAGAUUGUAAAUUAUAUGUUGUGACUUGUUUUAAAUUCUAUAACAAGCACUAAAGCAAAAAUACAUUUCUUGACAUUCGGUGAAAUAAUUAAAGGUACAUUUAAAGUAAUAACAUCAGAGAAGGGGUUUAGUUCUAUGUGAUGUAACAAACAUUACAAUUCUAUUCUGUUGAGUAUUGACAAUUUUUUAUAAUCUGGAAAAAGAAAUUUUUUUAAAUUAAAAUUGUGAGUUUUUAAAGCUUUUUUUUAAAGCAGCAAAUAUAACAUGUUUGGUCCAUAUUAACGACUUUUCGAUUCUAUCAAAUUAUUGGUCUUUUACCCUAAGUUCCAUUCCCUGUAACAAAACAUAGAAUCAACACAUUAAAAUUUAAAUGAAAAGUUAAAUCGAUAAUAAAUAGUUUGCAACAGAAAAUAAAAUAAUUCUAAAAGAAGUUUUCGUCUUGUCAUCGGCUGAUGAUAGUUAAUGACAUGUAGAAAAUUGUUAGAGUUUUUUACACAAGAAGAGAAGGAGAAGAAAACGUUCAUUUAUGACAUUUGUAGAAAAUAUUCAAAGAGUGCUCGUAUGAAGAACGUCAUGUUUAUGUAACGAUGUCGUAAACUCAAGUUGUGCAUUCUUUCUUGAAAACAUGAGGUUGCUACACGCACCAAUGAUGAACAAUAGAAAUACUUCAAGAUGAAACCACAUGGAAGUUUUUCUGAGAUUUAGAAAAUAUUUGCAGUCUAAUUUCUUGUUUCUGAUUUGUGACAUACACAAAUGUUUCACAAUUCCAACAGAAGCAUGUAUCAAUGUGGUAAUAUUUCUUUGACAGAUUAGAAAAGAUUCCAUUGAUGAAUCAGCAUUUGUAAUCAGAAUUUGUUGAGUGGCUUUGCAAAAAAAAAUCUAUUAGACGUUUGAAGAACAUUGGACAUUAAUAUUUGGCCAAUAAUAAAAUGCAGCAAAUAUUUCUUACGAUUAGAUUGCGUGAGAAAAAUUAAAAAUAAGAAACAGAUGAGUUCUGUUUUGAAACUUUCAAGAACUGAUUUCAAUUUGUAAAUAUUACACAAGCAUAAGUUAAGGAAAGAAAAAAAAUUGUAGAAACGUAAAGAUUCUUUUUUUUUGAAAAUAUUGAAAACGAAAUGAAAUCCGAAACAUCUAAUAGAUUAAAUUAUUUCUUAAUUAAGUGUUUUAUCUUAUAAUUGUACCAUAGUUAUCUUUAAAAUAAACUGAUAGUUUUUUUUAAUUAAAAGAAGCAAAAGAAAAUUAAGUUUUUACUUAACAAUAAGUUUGAUUAUGUGAAAUCAUGUUCACAUUUUCAUUAAUAAUGGGUAAGAUUUUAUAAUAUCUACAUAAAUAUUUUUCUCUUUAAUUUUUGAACAUAACAAAUUACGCUUAUAUCAUAAUGUGUGUAAAGAUAA